GGCAAAUAGCUCUUUCAUACGUGAACCUUUUUAGAAAAUGGAAGCUGACUGGAAACUGAAGAGAGUCCAAUACUGAAAAUCGUAAUUCAUUGAUGACUCCCACUUUACGUUGAACUGCGACGGUCCAAUGAAGAGCAGCUAGCAACAGUGAGGCUUCAACAUUUACUACUUCGCCGAUGGGGUGUGUUUUCCCUUAGUAGCCCAGUAUAAACAAUGAUGAAAUUAACGGCAAAGACAUCCUGACAUCCACAACAUAAUCAAUGUGGGUCCAUCACAGUUUCGGUGACCGACAUGGACACAAGUGACAGCAAGGAUGUGAAGCUUUCUGCCGAAGUGGAGCCGUUCAUCCCCCAGAAGAAAGGUCUUGAGUCUGCCCUGGUCACCAUGAGCCUGUCCGGAGAGGGUGGAGGGGGAGGUGGAGGAGGCAGCGGAGUCGAACCCACUCCCAUCCCCAGCUACCUGAUCACCUGCUAUCCCUUUGUCCAGGAGAACCAGCCCAAUAGGCAGCUCCCCAUGUACAGCAACGACAUGCGCUGGCAGCAGCCCAGCCCCAGCCCCGCGGGGGGGCCGUACCUGGCCUACCCCAUCCUGUCCUCGCCGCAGCCCCCCGUCUCCAACGACUACGCCUACUACCAGAUCAUGCAGGCCCCCUGCCCCCCCAUGAUGGGCUUCUACCAGCCCUUCCCCACCCCCUACGGAGGGCCGGUCCAGCCCGGCGUGGUCAGCCCCGUCUCUGCCGACGGCAGCGAGCGCCUGCCGCCCCCUAGCCAGACGUUCGGGGUGGCCGGCCAGAGAGGCAGAGGCAUGACCCGAACCGCUGCUCUGCCUAAGAGUUGUAGCUAUACCAGGCUUGCUCUCUGUGUCUAUCCGCAGCCCAUGCUCCAGCCGGUGAGAGGGAAGAGAAUGCCCCCCCGGCGCCACGACGCGGCCGUGCAGAAGGAGGUGGGCGCCUCGGGGCCGGACGGGAGGCCGAAGACGGUGCUGCUAGUGGACGCAGCGCAGCAGACAGAUUUCCCCGGCGAAGCAGGCGGACGGAAUGUGCCGGAGUGUGGCAGCCCGCAGUCGUGGAAAAGCAAGCCACGCCGUCGCCGGCCCUCCCACCCCGCCGAGUCCUCCAGCGAGCAGGGCGCCAGCGAGGCCGACAUCGACAGCGACAGCGGCUACUGCAGCCCCAAACACAACCAGGCGGCGGCGGCCGCACACGCCAGUGCUGCUGCAGCUGCUGCACCCCUACUGCCCACCGCCCGGCCCAGCGAGCCCCCUGCAACCGCACCAUUGGCUGUGGAAGCUGGUGUGAUGACAGCUGUGAGCUGGGUGAACGUGGCCUCACAGGCCAGCCAGAAGCCGUGGGGAGAACGGAGCUCUCCUUUCCACAGACCAGCCCAGCCACCAGAGCUGAGGGGCUUCUCCCAGGAUAUCCAGGUGGGCUACCAGGGCCGCGGCUCCCCAAUGGGUGCUGGCCCAGACAAGGGUGUGUGUGGACCAAAGAGGCUCCAACAGGGCACAGUGCAGCCUGCGCCUCAGCUCCCCGGCUCCGAGCUCACUCCUGAACCCCUCUACUUUGCGGAUGAAGACGAGUUUCCUGAACUGGCCAGUGGUGAUGCUCCUGCGCGGAAUAGACCAGAACCGGUCCAGCCCAAGAUGCCCAAAGGCCUGCUGGAGAAUCUGCCGGAGAACUCUCCCAUCAGCAUCGUCCAGACGCCGAUCCCCAUCACCACGUCCGUCCCCAAGAGGGCCAAGAGCCAGAGGAAGAAGGCGCUGGCCGCAGCCCUGGCCACCGCGCAGGAGUACUCCGAGAUCAGCAUGGAGCAGAAGAAGCUGCAGGAGGCGUUGACCAAGGCUGCAGGGAAGAAGAGUAAGACUCCUGUGCAGCUGGACCUGGGCGACAUGCUGGCUGCUCUGGAGCGGCAGCAGCAGGCCAUGAAGGCCCGGCAGCUCACCAACACCAAGCCGCUCUCCUACACAGUUGGCACCGCGGCCCCCUUCCAUGGCAAGGAGCCAGCUGGCAAGGCGGCGGUGGUGAAAGGCCAGCCCUACGCCGCCCCCCACAACAUGCUGGACUCCAGCGCUCCGCGCAUCAAGAGGGGCAAGGAGCGGGAAAUCCCCAAAGUCAAGAGGCCAACGGCCCUCAAGAAGAUCAUUCUGAAGGAGCGGGAAGUGCGGAAGGGCCGCUUCUCCGUGGACCAGAACGCCGCCGGUCCUGAAGAGCAGGGCGACGACGAGCUUCACUUCACAGACGACCUCUCUCGAGACGGCGUCUCACAGGAGGAGAACGGCCUGAGCAUGCCCAGUGACGCCUCGCUGUCUCCGGCCAGUCAGAACUCGCCGUACAGCAUCACGCCCGUCUCCCAGGGUUCCCCCGCCAGCUCCGGGAUCGGCAGCCCCAUGGCCUCCGCCAUCACCAAGAUCCACAGCCGCCGAUUCAGAGAGUACUGCAACCAGGUGCUGAACAAGGAGAUUGACGAGAGCGUGACGCUGCUGCUGCAGGAGCUGGUGCGCUUCCAGGAGCGUGUCUACCAGAAGGACCCCACCAAGGCCAAGGCCAAGAGGCGCCUGGUCAUGGGGCUCCGCGAGGUCACCAAGCACAUGAAGCUGCAGAAGAUCAAGUGUGUCAUCAUCUCCCCCAACUGCGAGAAGAUCCAGGCCAAAGGGGGUCUGGAUGAAGCCCUGUACAAUGUCAUUGCCAUGGCGCGGGAGCAGGAGAUCCCCUUUGUGUUCGCUUUGGGCCGCAAAGCCCUGGGCCGCUGUGUCAACAAGCUGGUCCCAGUCAGUGUUGUGGGCAUCUUCAACUUCUUUGGAGCAGAGAAGCUGUUCAACACGCUGGUGUCCCUGACGGAGGAGGCCCGGAAGGCCUACAAGGACAUGGUGUCGGCCCUGGAGCAGGAGCAGGCCGAGGAGGCCCUGAAGAACGUCAAGAAGGUGCCGCACCACAUGGGCCACUCACGGAACCCCUCGGCCGCCAGCGCCAUCUCCUUCUGCAGCGUCAUCUCCGAGCCCAUCUCCGAGGUCAACGAGAAGGAAUACGAACCAACCAAUUGGAGGAACAUGGUAGAGAGUUCCGAUGCGCUGGAGCCUAUGGAGAACGAGCCCAGCAGCAAGCCCCCCCCCACCAGCAGCAGCAGCAGCAGUACAGCAGCUCCUAAGGACGUAGAGGCUCCACCAGCCCCCAGCGUCAGCGUCAGCGCUGCACCUUCUACGUCCCAGACCAGCCUCCGGGCACCACCAGCAGCCGCCACCACCGCCACCACCACCGCCGCCGAGGGCACCAAGGAGGAGGGCAGUGCCAAGACGGACGACCGCCUGGAGCUGGCCUCGCAGCAGAGCACGGAGACGGGCUCGCUGGACGGCAGCUGCCGCGACCUGCUCAACUCGUCCAUCACCAGCACCACCAGCACGCUGGUGCCAGGCAUGCUGGAGGAGGCGGACGAGGAGGACGAGGAGGAGGACGACUACACGCCCGAGCCCAUCUCCGUGGAGGUGCCCUCCCUCAACUGCAGCCGCAUCGAGUCCUGGGUCUCCAAGACGCUGGAGAACAUGCAGCUGGGCAAGACCCAGGACAGCACGGAGGAGGACGAGGAGGAGGAGGAGGAGGACGAGGAGGAGGAGGAGGACGAGGAAGACGAGGAGGAGGAAGGCGGGGCAAGCGAGGAGGAAGAGGUGGAGUCCUCGGACGUGGUAGAGAAGGUGCAGGACGGAAAAGAGGCCCAGGAAGCUGAAAAGGUUGUGGGCUAAUGGACUGGGUUCCUCCUCCACCCCAUUUUCUCCUCCUCAUCCCCUCCCACUCUUCCCAGCCUCCUCUUCACCUCACCCCACCCUCACCCCACCCUCACCCUCACCCCACCCUCACCCUCAAGCAACCAGCAGCUUCACAGCCUUGAACAGCAGUGUCUCUGGAUCCAAACCUAACAUGAUCUCAGGAAAACGACCAACUUACAGUAUGAAACCAAACACACUUUUGAAAAACAAGCAGACACACACAUACAUGCACAUACAUACAUACAUACGUACAUACGUACAGUACAAACACACACACACACACACACACACACACACACACAAAAUGCUGAGCUGUAGCUGGAGAGCUGAAUAGGGACCUCAUUAGUCCACAUCUCCACCACCCUCAUACUUGAAUUAGCUUGUACUGACUGACAUUUUCAGUGAGGUCUUUCAAAGGGAAUUUGCGAGUCCCUCAAGACCCCCUUCAGUUUACUAGUUGGAAGUAACUUGUGGACUUGUGUCAAGCGUUGCACCAGGAAUGCUUGGUUGCUGUCUUGAAGGGACUCCAUGAUGAGGUUCCAGCUCAGUGGCCCAAUGAUCGAGCCAUUCGCUACUCUAGUCUCUUCAUCUGUCUUCAUGAAAAAUGGUGGGUUGUUAGCUAUGUUUGGGGGAACAUGGGCUUUAUUUGAGCAUAUGUUUGUUCUUGCUCAGCCAGCAGUUCUUUAGCUGAUUAGUUGCUGUGCUUCACCCAUUAAUUUAUUCACUCAUGGUUGUGUGUUUACUGUCGGACAAACAUGGGAUGACCUGUUCUCAUUUAAAUGGGGGAGUAUAGAUGCAUAAGGUUACCCUUCCACUAAUGAUUAUCCCCAGUAAAAGGGGACUCUGUGAUAGAGAUCUAUGACUAUAAUAAGUGCAAGUCAUUACUUUCGAAAUCAUAGUUCUAUCUGAAUUCACUUGGUGAAUUUUGUAAAGCUUUCACAAUUCAUAAAUUUUCUUUUUUGUUGUUUGUUUUUAUCUCAAAUAAUGUCUGUUUGUGUGACAAUGGUUUGAGGUUGGUAAUAUAACUAAUGAAAACUUAAUCCAGAACAAAUAUGUCUUGAUUGUACAUACCAUGUAUAGGUUGUUAUAAUAGUUAAUCUGUUGUAUUUAUCUUGCGUGGUUAACAAGCUAUCUGGGGAUGUUU